AGAUCGGAUUAUGAAUACCGGCCUAAGUGCAGAAUGCACAUGUACAUACACGGGCGCGUUUGUUACGUAAUUCCCUCUUAAUAAGACAGGGUGACUUCUGGCCACAUGCGUAGUAUGCAUCCUCUAUAAGAAAAAAAAGUUGAGAAGAAAAACGCGCUUGCGGGCUCGAAUACACCACUGCCAAGAAGAGCGUUUAUACUCUGAUUGAAAUAUUUUAGCAGUCAAGAAAGCAAUAACACGUUUAUUUUAUUAAGAUAUUCUCUUAUUAAGAUAUUAUCAUAAUGAAUCUGAUGCCUGGCGGUAUGUCCGAUGAAGAAGAAGACGAUGACGAUUUUUACUUUUCAGAUGUGAGCAGUUCAAAGAAGAACAUUAACUACAACUAUAGGCAAUUGUAUGAUGAAAAAAGAAUCUUUGAAAAUCGUGUGUUAGAUGCAUGUAAAGAGGGAAACUUAGAUAUGAUACAAGAAUAUCUUAAAAAGUAUGAUAUUAAUGAUCUUUUGCAUACUGGAAAGCCUAUAUUAUCACAUGCAGCUGAAAACACACAAUUAGAUAUAAUAGAGUAUCUAUUAAAACAUGGUGCAGAUCCUAACAGGCCUACAAAUACUUCAAACACAAUUUUGAUGGAACUAUGUUCCUCCGUGGAAAAAUCACCUGACAUAUCUUUGAAAUGCCUUCAACUUUUAAUAGAAGCAAAAGUUGAUGUAAAUGCUAGAACUGAAUCCUAUAGAGAAACAGCCCUAAUGCGUGCCUGUGCCUCACAAAAUAUAGAUUUUGUCACUGAACUUCUAAAACACGCGACAAAUAUCAAUGCUUAUGAUUAUAACAAGAGAAGCGCUUUAACUUAUGCUGUCAUAAAUAAUAAGGUUGAUGUAGUGGAACUUCUUUGGGAACAUUGUGCAGAUGUUACAUUAUUAGACAAAUUUAAUUUUACUCUCAAGGAAAUUGCUAAGGAAUAUCAAUCCACACAGGUAUCUACUUUGUUAGAAGAUUUGAUGGGAGGAGAUACACCUAUGUUGCACAACGAAACUUGGGAAAACUUAUUUCCAGAAUUGUAUCCUAAAAGAGAAGAGGAAACUGUAGAUUUCGAAUUAUAUCGUAUUUUAGAAGGGAUGAAUUUGGAAAGAUAUAGCAUCCUAUUUCAAGGGAUGGAUCUUAAAACUUUUUUACAAUUGACGGAAGAUGAUCUCUGCCAUUUAGGAAUCAAUCUCCAAAUUUACAGAGAACAGUUUUUAGAAAAUCUUCAUAAAAUUCAUUGUAAAAAAUGGGGAGUGAACAGCAUCAAAAUUGUUCAGAAAUCUGAACUAUACACAAUUCAUGAUAGUAUUAAUUCACUGCUAAACAUGAAACGUCAAAUUUGUGUGAUAACUUCAAGUUUUCAAUAUAUUAAAAAUAAUUUGACACAAUGUGCAAAAAAAGAUAUCCAUUUCGACUCCACGGAAAGUGCAAAGUAUGAAGAAGAACUGGAAAAAACAGAAAAUACUCUAAAAGCAUUAAAAGAUGAAGUAAAUCGUUUAAAGAAAUUAGUGCAAAAGGUUGAUAAGAAAUAUGCUAUUGGUAUACCAGCAACUUUUAUAACUCCCAAAAAACCUCUAAGCAGAAUCAGAUGGGUUAUACCAUUAAGUAUUACAUUAAUAAUAGGAUUUCACAUAUAUAGGACAACUUAUAUUCAUAGAUUAUAAAAUGUAACAUGAUAAUGAAAUUUUUGUUUUGAAUAUUUUCUUUUUAGUACGUUUAGUAUACUCUUGUAAACGCAAUUAUAUUUUUUUUUCAUAGUGCAUUAAGUUGUGCAUUUUAGUUCAUACAAACUCAGAAGAAUAUUUUUAUACAAAGGAGAAAUAUACAAUUACAUAAUAUAGUA